UUACUUUUUGGAAAAGGCGACAGAUUUCGUUCACGCAAUAUCAAAGUUGCAGUUCGUCAUUUACCCAAAAACAAAUGGGGGAGAGCGCGUGCCGACGGGGGAGUUACCAAAUCUCUUCCUAAUUUCCUUUUCAGACCACAAAAGCGAACGGAUUUCGGCGCUUCCUGAACUUCUAUUUAAUAAGGAAAUGCUGCGUUCUUCGCCUUCCCUGCUUAGCGUCUCCCGGAUUUCCCCCGCGAUAAAGGAGGUUUUUUGACUUGAAAUCUUUUUCAGAGAUCGCCAUGGAGGAAGCGCAAGUUGUUAAAAGAAAUGAUGGCACCAUUUCGGUGGCUUCUGCUUAUGCUGGUCAUCACGAAGCAAUCCUGAAUAAAGAUCACAAGUUCUUAUCAAAGGCAAUUGAGGAAGCAUAUCAUGGGGUUGAUUGUGGUGAUGGAGGUCCUUUUGGAGCAGUUGUUGUUUGUAAUGAUGAAGUGAUAGUGAGCUGCCAUAACAUGGUAUUGAAGCAAAUGGAUCCCACUGCCCAUGCUGAAGUAACUGCAAUAAGGGAGGCUUGUAAAAAACUUGGGAAACUCGAGCUUUCAGAUUGUGAAAUAUAUGCAUCUUGUGAGCCCUGUCCAAUGUGCUUUGGUGCAAUACAUCUAUCACGAAUUAAGAGGUUGGUAUAUGGAGCCAAAGCAGAGGCCGCAAUUGCUAUUGGCUUUGAUGAUUUUAUAGCUGAUGCGCUGAGAGGCACUGCGUUCUACCAGAAAGCCAACCUUGAGAUCAAGCAAGCUGAUGCUAAUGGAGCCAUUAUUGCGGAGCAAGUCUUCCAGAAAACAAAGGAGAAGUUUCAGAUGUACUGAUUGGUGAAGGCAAAUGAAUGUAUGUUUCUGUUUAAACUUUUUAAAGAUUUUCGAUGUGCUGCUGUCUUGAGUUUGGGUAAGCGUGUGGGUCUUCUCAUGCUUCAAAUAAUGUUCUUCUAGUGUCUGAGAAUAAAAUUUUAACUGUGCUUUCUUUUGCAAUCUAAUUGGUUUAUUGAUGUGGAGGAUGAUUUUUUGCUAUACCUACAUUUUUUAAUGUACCAAAUUUCCAUUUUUAAUGAAUUUGAUAAGCUUUUGGCCA